ACGCAGGCAGCACCGCCCCAAUUCCCUUCUCUUCCCUUCCCCCGGCCGGUCGUACUCGUGCUGCUGCUGCUCCUCCUCUUCUCUCCACCGUCUCCGCCGCGACGCCUCGACGCAGGGAGAUCCGCGCGCGGGGCCUCGUCCCCGGUCACUUCCUCAGAUUGGAUUGCUUAUCACUCGGUUAGGGGAUACUGGAGUAGCAUUGACUUGCUCGCCUUUGGGCAUCAUCACAAUGUCGGGAUCUCUGAAUUCAAAUAUUAGUGGGGAUUCAACAGGGAGGCAAUUUGCAUCAACCUUUUCUGGUCAGUCUGGAUCAUUUCCUGGUUUCCAUCACUCUGGUUUGCAUAAUAUCCACGGAAAUCUCAAUCUCGCAUCAGUAGCACCAAGGAAUUCUUCAUUGAUUGGUAGCCCAUCCCCAGGCGUGCAACAACCUGGCGGUAAUAUUUCUGGUGGCCGAUUUCCCUCAAAUAACCUUCCAGCAUCCAUGUCUCAGAUUCCUCAUGGGCAUUCUGGUAUCAGCAACAGAGGAGGUAUGAAUGUUGGGGGGAAUCCUGUAUUUAGUAGUGACAUGAAUGCUAUUGGUGGUUCAGUACAUCGUUUAUCCUCAAGCUUGGCUAAUGUUGGUAACCGAAAUUCUGCUCCUGGGUUGACAGCUUCUUCAGUUUUGGGAAAUCUAGGCCCACGAAUAACAAAUUCCGUUGGAAAUAUAGUGGGUGGCAGCAGUAUUGGGCGAAGCAUAAGCUCUGCAGGGCUGUCUAUGCCUGGUAUUGCACCCCGUAUGAAUUUGAGCGGCAAUUCUGGAGGUGGGGCUGUUAGUAUCCCAGGAUCCAACCGAAUGAGUAGUAUACAUCAAGCAUCACCACAGUUCAUGAACAUGCUUGGGGGUUCUUAUACAACACCUGGAGGAACACUAUCUCAGAACCAAGUGCAAGCAGGAAACAGUUCUUUAGGUUCUUCAGGAAUGCUACAUGACGGAAACUCCGGUGACAAUUCCCCGUUUGACAUAAAUGAUUUUCCCCAAUUAACAGGGCGUCCUAAUUCUGCCGGAGGUGGUCAAGGGCAAUAUGGGUCGCUGCGAAAGCAAGCAGUCAGUGUGAAUACCAUCGUGCAGCAAAGCCAGGAAUUCAGCAUUCAAAAUGAAGAUUUUCCUGCUUUACCAGGAUAUAAAGGUAGCUCCUCCGAUUAUGGUAUGGAUUUGCAUCACAAGGACCACUUUCAUGAGAAUGCAAAUAUGAUCCAAUCACAGAAUAAUCUUAUGGGUAAAUCAUCUGGCUUCAAUUUGGGUGGUAGCUAUCCAGCCCGCCAACAGCAGCAGAAUGCUAAUUCGGUUCAGAAUGGGCUUGACAAUAUCGGACUAAGGCCGACAAAUUCUCCAAGUCCGUCUUCUAAUUCGGGGUCUUAUGAGCAGCUUAUCCAGCAAUACAAUCAACCGCAGACUCAAAGUUCGAUUAGGUUGCAGACCUCGUCAGCCCCACAGUCCUAUAAGGAUCAGAGUCUGAAGUCUGUUCAGGGAACACAGACUGCGCCAGACCCAUAUACUUUACUUGGAUUGUUGAGUGUGAUUAAAAUGAAAGAGCCUGGACCAACUUCUCUUGCUUUAGGGAUUGAUUUGACAACACUAGGGCUGAGUUUGAAUUCUCCAGAUAAUCUUUACAAGACCUUUGGCUCUCCAUGGUCAAAUGAGCCAGCUAAAGGAGAACCUGAUUUUCAAAUCCCAGCUUGUUUCUCUGCUGAGCAACCUCCAGCGCUGCAACCAUUGAAUUUCACAAAGUUUCACCCCAUGACAUUAUUCUACAUAUUCUACAGUAUGCCAAAGGAUGUUUCUCAGUUAUAUGCUGCGAAUGAACUAUACAAUAAAGGGUGGUUGUACCACAGAGAGUACCGUGUGUGGCUCACAAGAACUCCAAAUGUGGCACCUCUUGUCAAAACUGCAAGUUAUGAACGAGGGUCCUACAUUUACUUUGAUCCAAACAUUUGGGAUACUAUUCAAAAGGACAACUUUGUUCUCCAAUAUGAAUCAGUAGAGAAGAGACCUGUCCUCCCUACCUCCAGCCAGAGCGUUAGAUUAUAAGCCAGUGCACUAUCCUUCUCCCGCAUUUAGGAUGUUGAUUUUCUUCGGUCGGAUCAGUAUCUGUUAUUACUAUAGAAUAUAGGUGGAGUAGAUUUGUCCAAAUUGAUUCUGACAUGGGUGCUGUGCGGAAAAUGGGGCUCCUGUGUUGGUUGGUGGCCCCGUUCGUAGCUUUAGACAUGUAGCUGAGGAAAGCGGGCCUCAUAAUUCGUUGGCUGUGCGGAAACCAAUAGGAUCGAUUUGAUAUCUUUUAAUGUAAACGACUUGGGUCUUCUAGCCUUUGUAAAACUCAGGCUUGUACUAGUUCUCGUUCGUUCAUUAAAAGUGAGUUACUGGUACUUGGGAAUUAGAAUCUGCCCCUCGUUAUGAUGGCCUGGGAAGUAAAAAAUCAGUACUCCGUCA